AUGGGUUGGGGUUGGGCAAUCUACGAGGGAGUGGUGGCGUUGGGAUCGCUGGGGCUGCUGGGAUGGGCGGGGCUGUGGUUCUUGAACCGAAGGCUCUACAAAGAGUACGAAGAGAAGAGGGUCUUAGUUCAGAUCAUAUUCAGCGUGGUCUUCGCCUUCUCUUGUAAUCUGCUGCAGCUGGUCCUCUUCGAGAUCAUCCCCUUUCUCUCCCAAAGGGCACGAUGGCUCAACUGGAAGCUCGAUUUGUUUUGUCUCAUACUAUUACUGGUUUUCAUGUUGCCUUAUUAUCAUUGUUUCUUAAUGCUCUGCAACAAUGGGUUCCCGAAGGAACGCGCUGCUCUUGGAUCCGUCUUGUUCUUGCUCGCCUUCCUUUAUGCUUUCUGGCGCAUGGGCAUUCACUUCCCUAUGCCUUCCCCCGAUAAAGGCUUCUUCACCAUGCCUCAAUUGGUCAGUCGGAUUGGGGUCAUUGGCGUUACUGUCAUGGCUGUCUUGUCUGGUUUUGGAGCUGUCAAUUUGCCCUACAGUUACUUAUCUCUCUUUAUCAGAGAGAUUGAGGAAGCAGAGAUCAAGUCCUUGGAAAGACAGCUAAUGCAAUCCAUCGAGACUUGUAUUGCUAAGAAAAAGAAGAUCAUUCUUUCUCAAAUGGAGAUGGAACGGAUUCAUGGAUCAGAAGAGAAAUUAAAGGCUAGAUCUUUCUUUAAAAGAAUUGUUGGCACUGUUGUGCGAUCUGUGCAAGAGGAUCAAAAGGAGCAAGAUAUUAAAAACAUGGAAGCAGAAGUGCAAGCAUUAGAAGAGCUUUCAAAGCAGCUAUUCCUGGAAAUUUAUGAGCUUCGUCAAGCAAAGGAAGCUGCUGCUUAUUCUCGAACCUGGAAGGGUCAUAUGCAGAAUCUACUUGGUUAUGCAUGUUCAAUCUACUGUGUAUAUAAAAUGAUUAAGUCUUUGCAAAGCGUUGUUUUCAAAGAGGCUGGCUCUGUGGAUCCUGUUACAAUGACAAUUAGCAUAUUCUUGCAGUUCUUUGACAUUGGUAUCAAUGCAGCAUUGUUGUCACAGACUAUUGAACAUGUUGUUGACGCUUCUUUUGUUCUCAUUGUUGACAGUAUAUUUCACUCUUGUUCAUUGGAAUGUUGA